AUGAGUUUGCUCCUGCCGUUGGUGCUCUGUGUCCUGGCCACGGACACUGGGGCUAUGAUUCUGUUCGAGGAGACCUCCAAGCCCUUCACUCUCGUCCCUCAGGGCUGUAAUGACUCACAUGUGCUGGACUUUGCCGACUUUGCCCUAGGGCUCAUCAAUCGGGACCAACAGGAUGGCUACAUACUGAACCUAAACCGAGUCAAAGAAGCCUGGCAAUACAGACAGGAUACGCAGAAUUUUACGGGAUCCUUGUUCUAUUUCACUUUGGAUGUGCUGGAGACAUACUGCCAUGCACUCAGCCAGAAAAUUUUUUGGAAUGAAUGUUACUUGAGGGACCGACAUGAAUCGGUUUAUGGUCAGUGCAAAAUAAUGUUUUAUGUCUCUAAGCCAGAGAGAAUUCUCCAUGUACUUGCCUAUAACUGUACACUUCGCCCAGUAUCUCGAAGACAAAUCCACAUGAUCUGUCCUGACUGCCCCAGUCCUACUAAUUUGUCAGAUCCCAAUGUUUUGGAAGCUGCUACUGAGUCUCUUGCAAAAUUCAACAGAGAGAGCCCCUCCAAGCAGUAUUCUCUUGUCAAAGUCACCAGGGCUUCCAGCCAGUGGGUGUUUGGCCCUGGUUACUUUGUGGAAUAUUUGGUUGAAGAGUCUCCAUGUAACAAAUCUCAGGCCGACAGCUGCCCACUUCAGCCUUCUAACUCUGUGCCUGUUGGUCUUUGUAAAGGUUCUCUGAGUCGAAGAGAAACAGAAAAGUUUAUCUCAGUGGCUUGUGAUUUCUUUUCACCUCAGGCUCUUGACUAUGCUGCUAGCCAGAGGGCAGCCAAAGAGGCCCGGGAGAAUGAAACUGCCUCCAUCAAUCCCGAGUCAAAUAUUAUCCCAGGACUCAUCCAACGCCUCCCUGACUUGGAUGAUGAGAAAUGUGAAGAUUCUAAAGGAAAGCCCUCUCAGGGCUUCUCUGUGGAGCUGGAUCUGACUACCAAUCCCGAGGGAGAAGUACUGGAUAUCUCCUACCUCUUCGAUAAAACCCCCAAGAAGCUGCUUGUCCUGCCUUUCCCCAAAGGAGAGGAGUAUUCUGACGAGUGCCCAGGGCCAGCUAGGGAUGACAGUCCUCUUGUUCUUACACCAUGA